AUCAUAUUUCAAUUAAAAGUUUAUGGAGGAAAUAUUUGUAAAUAAUAAAAUAGCGUUUUAUUUAAUAAACAAGAACCCCUAAUGACAAAAAUAGCUGCGGAAACAAUAUCUAUUGACAAUACGUAACGGCAACGGCUGUAAGGAGAUAGGAUACUAUGGCGGAUCGAAGCAAUCGUGUGCUAUCCUCCUGGUUUUUGGAGCGUAAGGUGAUAGGCGAUCGUAUAAGACUUUAUAUUGGCGUCACUGCAGUUGGACGAACACCGGGAUCGGCUCUAUGCAUUCUAGAUUCUCAUUAUGUGUCACGAAAACACGCGGAAAUUACUGUGCAUAUUGAUGAGAAAAUCGUACUAAAGGAUUUGGGCUCUAUAAAUGGAACCUUUGUGAAUGGCAAUAAAGUACAUAAUAGCGAGAUCGAGCUAAAAGCAAACGACUGUAUUGGAAUAGGCGUAACGGAUGAUACAGAACCGAGCCUCAAACAUCCAAUAUAUAAACUCAUAUAUGCGCCAAUGCCUAAAGUAACAACUAUUUUCAGAGAACCGAUAGGAAUUGAAGCAACUCAAGUCAUAGUUGUAGAUGGAGAAUCUACAAAAGAAAAUUCAAAUAUCGUACAAGAAGUUAAAAAAGAUGAACCUAAGUGCCCCUCCGUGUCAACUUCCGUAACGGAAAUAUCAUCUUCAUCAUUGUUACCUAGUGUUAAAACGGAGGUUUCUUUAACAAACAUUAGAAAACCCAAUGACAAUUUAAAAACUUCGACGCCGUUGUCAAAAGUACCGAUGCUUUAUUACGGUGAUGUAAUUGUUUUGAGUGACGACGAGGAGGACAAAGUUCUUCCUAACAAGGAGGAGAAGAAAACAACUGAAGAGAGUGCAAGUAGCAAAGACAAAACUAAAGAAACCGGUGACGAAAAUAUUUUUAAUAAACCAGAUCCGGUGCCUUUGAAAACCAGCACUUCAAAUAAACCGACAACUUCAGCUUCUGGUACAAUGACAGAUAAGAAAGAUAAUGCAUCGUCCACUCAAUCAAUGAACGAAAAAGUUGUCAUACAUGAGCCAAUAUUACCUGAUAUAAAGCGAGAAUUUGUAAAUUCUUGUUACGAAAAUGUGGUGGAUAUAUUUGGCGGCACUGAUGAGGUCAUACUACAGAGUGUAAAAGCCAUUAACCCAUUGGUAUAUAAGAAGCUUAACGAUGAUAAAGCGCUGGAUAAACCACUUUGCAAUGGUGACACUAUCGACUUACUAAGUGAUAAUGAGGACGACGAAGGCCAUAUUGCACAAAACGUAGAGUGCUUCGGUGAGCUAGUGCCGGCCGAUGCAAAAGAAGCACAUACAACAAAAAACACCACGAAUAGUAAAGAUAAUAUUGAAAAAGAAGAACAUGCUGAUGAUAGCACAUGUAAAACAAGUCGAAAGAGUCCAAAUUUGUUUGACAAUUCACUAAACAGCUCCAAAAAUUCAGUGGAUGAACAAAGGAGUGUAAAUACCGAUGAUCAAAACGUGGAAAAGGCAAAGGAAGAUUCCGUAAAUACUGCUGAAGAAUUGGCCGCUUUUGUCGAUAUGGAUGAUGAUAUGCUGUUCUCACAAAUUCUAAUAAACGAUAUCAAAUCUGAAAUGAUGUGUGAUCAUAGUGAGGAAGAAUUGGCUGUUGAAGACGAACCAGCAUAUGAUGUUCACAAAGAUAAUUGCCAAGAUGAUUUUGCAAAUAUACAAAUAAAGAAAGAGCCUGUUGACGCCAAUUCGCCCGAUUCCAAAAUGAUUUCAACCAAAGCUAAAGCCAAAAGUAACGAAAUAGAAAAUGACGUAUGGAUUACGAUAGACGACGAUGAUGAGUAUUAUGAUGAAGAGUUCGAACACAAAGUUUCCGAUUGGAGUACGAAGUUGCUGUCACAAAAAAUGAAUAUGUCACAGGUUUUUGAUUUUCAACAUGAUAAGGCAGACGACUCCGAUGAUAAUGUUAAAAAGGAAGAAGAACAUGGACUAAUGUUCGAAAGCGAUGACCUUGACUUUUUCAAUGAGGAACUUGUAGAUGACGUAGUUGCUACGCUGGCUAAAAAAAAUGGUGAAAUUAAAAACGACGUCCAGUCGUCAAAGCUUGGACGGGGCCUGUUGCACUCCGAUGUUACAAAUUAUGAAGCCGGAAGCAGCAAACAAUUGUUACAACAACAAAAGAAACACAUUGUAAAAGAACAUCUGAAGAAAACGCAGUUGGAAAGAAAAUCAAGUAGUGAAUCAACUGAAGCGCCAACAGAUGCCGAGGCGGCUACCAGUAGUAAAAGUGCGCAGCGCAAUGAACGAGUUUCGAGCAGUGAUGGCAAAGAGAAGGAAAGGCAUGAUAAAAGAGGCUUGGUUAAGCCAGUUAAACGCUUGCACCACCCGCCAUCAGUAAUCGAUGCACCUUGUUUGCCCAUACACAAGGGUAAGCAUAGAGGCGUCUCCGCAGAAAUACGACCCACAAUGCCAAAGGAAAUGCACAAAAAAAUGCGUGAGAUCAAAGGACAAUUCCGAGAUGAGCGAUAUAGAGAUGAAUUGAAGAGAAAGUGGCUUGAGAAGCCAAGCGAUGAGCGGCGUAGAGAGAGUGAGAAAAAACGUAAAAUAAAAGAAUCACGCAAGGAAAAAUUAAAAGAACUUGCCGAUAAGCAAUUAGCAGAUCCGUCAAAGGAACCCUUGCUGAAACGAAAACAUUCCACGACUGACCUCGAAGGUGUGGAGAAGAAGAAGGCCAAGGUGAAAAUCACCGCAACCAAUCGUGGUGCGCUGCUUGCAGAGGACAUUAGUGCACCUAAGAAAUUUACCAACACUUAUAGAAUACCAAAAACAAAGCGACCCUCCAGCGAUGCAACAACAACAACUGCCACAGAGUCCACACCAGCUUCCACGGCUGCAACAGCGGCAAUUCCCAAAGCAAAUCACACAACAAUUGUAGACGCAUUUGCGCAGGAAAUGAAAAAAGUCGAUCAAAUCAUUCGUCGUCGUUUAUCGAGUACCGGUAGUGCUAAGUCCGUGUCGCGUUCAUCUUCGCUGGAUGAGAAUAGAAAUGCGACCACAACAGCCGAACCAAAACCGCUUAAUGCGGCCGUGCGUAAAAGUAAUAAAAUUACAUUUGCCUCUAUGCAAAAAAAUUAUACCGAAUCUCGCCUGAAUCAACAACUGUUGCAAAAAAUCACAAAUCAUCGCUCGUGCCUCAUAGAUGUGGUGCAUCGUAAUGCCAACGCGGAGCGUCCAAAGAAGCAUGUACGCUUCAAUGAAACGCCAAUUGUCCACUAUAUUGAACGUGUGAGUGGCGCGAAUAAGCGUGUGGAUUGCAAAGAUAUACUGCCAAGUCCAACUUGUGCGGAUCGUGCGCAAAUGGUGCGCCAAACGUACGCUAUGAUCGAUAAAACCGCACAAAUAAUAUCGCAAAUAUUGGGUUGGAGCAAUGAGUGGCUGAUCAAUCGUAAUGCUCAAGUGGAUGCUGCCAGUGAUAUUUUGUUGCCAAUGCCAAAUCAAUUUAACUCAUUCAAUCAUUAUAAAAGCAUAAUUAUACCGUUAAUGAAAUUGGAAUUUAUCAGCAUGCUGGAACGUGAUAAUACUCGUUGCAAAGCCAAGCCGUUUACUCUUGCCGCCGAUCAAGUCACUCCAUAUUUGGAUCGUUAUAUCAUAUUGGGUCGUUGUACUGGCGUAAAUAAUUCGAACACAAAAUGCGAACUUGUCGUUUUGGAAUGGGGCAAAUUUAAGACGUUCGCGUACAUGUCGUCUAAGCGUGUGGGUUUCAGCAAUGUCACCAUUGCAUAUGAAGUGCUGGCAAAAGAGUUAGCAGAUUUAGAGGACUUACGUGCCAAUCUGAAAAAUCCAAUUACAGUGCGGCCGAUGGUCGAUAUUGUGCGUGUCGAAUUUGGUGCGUUUAACGCCGUCUAUCAAUUGGAGCAAUCGCCACUGCUAAAGCAAAUACUGGAUCCAAUGGAAUUGUGCAAAAUAAAACCAUAUCCGAAAUGCAACAUACAAUAUAACGGUUGUGACGAACUAAACAAUCGCCAAAAGCAUGUUUUACUACGCACCUAUCGGCAUGCCAUCGAACCGACACCGAAUAUAACCCUAAUACAAGGGCCGCCUGGCACUGGUAAGUCCUGUGUCAUUGCGAAUUUGGUGCAUCAAUUGCUGUACGGCAAUGAGGUGCGCAUACUCGACCAAAAAGUGUUGGUUUGUGCGCAGAGCAAUGCCGCUGUUGAUGUUAUCGCCGAGAAGCUCUUCGAUAUGAGUCAAACGAAGUCACCGGAUAAAAUGUUCCGAUUAAUACGUUUCGGUUUGUUGGAGCGCAUCAGUCCCAAAGUACGACAUGCUACUUUACCAAAGAUUAUUGAACGCAAUCAAAUACGGAAACUGAAAGCAACCUGCAAAAAUCUGCAAAUUGAUCAUAAAGUCGACAUAAAAGAAUAUUUGCGCAAUGAAAUUUUACAAAUCGAAGCCGACAUAGAACACAUGAAGAUGAAUAACGUGAAAAACACCGUGCAGGAGGAGGUCUUACUGGAGAAGCAGCGACAAAUACAAUUAAUGCGCAAUAUUGUGAAUGGCGUUUUGCGGCCCGAGGAUGAGAAUAGCUUGUACAAUUGGCAUUUGAAGCAUGCGAAUGUGGUGUGCACGACGCUGUCCAGCUGUGUGAAAUUGUCCAAAUACGUAAAUUAUUUUGAUGCCUGCAUCAUUGACGAGGCGACGCAAUGUACGGAACCGUGGACCCUAAUGCCGCUGAAGUUUGGCAUCAAUACAUUGGUGCUUGUCGGCGAUACGCAACAACUGCCAGCUACGGUGCUCUCAAAGAAAGCAUCCGAUUUCGGUCUGGGCACGUCACUUUUCACACGUAUCCAGCGUUGCAUAGAAUCGGUCACACUCAAAACUGUCGCAAAUGCCGACAAAGGCAAAAAUGUCAGCAGCAUAGAGAGCACGGAUAUUAUUUUUAGCUUACAAACACAGUAUCGCAUGCAUCCGGAAAUCUGCAAAUGGCCCAAUUCGUAUUUCUACAAAAAUGAGUUGAUCGAUGAUGCCAAAACGCAUCAAUUUAAAACGCCUUUGAAACCAUUUUCAGUGCUUAAUCUCACUUAUACGCAGAAUGAUAACUGUCAUCGUGGUCAAAUCGCUAACGAGCUGGAAGCACAGUUUGUGGCACGUCUGGUGAAGACGCUGGAUGGUUACAUACCCAUGAAGUACAAUACAUAUGGUGUGAUAACGCCAUAUGCACAACAGCGAGUUGCCUUAGAAAAAGCUAUACGUACGGCUGGUUAUGCGAAUGUGAUGGUGAACACCAUUGACUCAUACCAGGGUAUGGAGCGCGAUGUUAUUAUUAUAUCGAAUGCGCGUACCACUGGUAUAGGGUUUUUGGCCAAUUAUCAGCGUUUGAAUGUGGCGUUGACACGUCCAAAGAAGUGCCUUAUAUUGUGUGGAAACUUUAAAAACUUGGAGGCAGUGCCCGCUUGGCGUAGCCUUUUAUCAUCGGCGCGUGAACGUAAGCUCUAUCAUGAGCUUAGUCCCAACUGCAUGGAUGAUAUGCAUAGAACUGUAAUUCCUAAAAUUAAAAUUUCUAAAGCUGCUAACACCGCUACAACAGAAGCUACAGCAACAGCAACAACCAAAGAAGUAACAACAGUCGCUACAACAACAAAACAAAGUGAACAAUAAGUACAACGUGGAGAUAAAAGUUAAUGAAACAGAAACUGAGCUGUAAAAUGUAGUCACUAUGCUUUACACUGUACAACACUCGGCUGGGUAUGGGACCAAACCAAAUCUUUUUUUGUUACAGAUGGAGUCAGUAAAACAGUAAUUUCUCCGUUUUUCGAAGUAAACGCUAAAAUCGAAAUCUUUGACUUCGAAGUUCGAAAUUGAAUACAGCAUUAUUAUUUGUAGUAUGUAAGUUACUAAAAAAGUUCGAAUAUGGACAUCAUCCACGUUUUCCUCUUAUUUCAAUACUGCAUAACAUUUUUCGGUAAAGCUUAUAUGCUAGAUUUUUUUUAAUAAAAUCUGCCUUUGACCAUUGCUUAAAUUCGAAGUCAAGUAUUUCGAUUAUGUUCUUUGUUCAAAUUCGAAAUUUGAGGUCGAAUAUUUAAGCUUAACCUUCACUCAAUUUUGAAAUACGAAGUCGAAUAUUUAGACUUAACCUUCACUAAAUUUCGAAGUCAAAUUUCCAAAUUAGAUCGAUUUCGAAAUUCGCAAUUAAAUAUUUCGAUUUUGACCUUUGCUGAGUUUCGAUAUUCGAUUAUGUUCUUUGUUCAAAUUCGAAAUUCGAAGUAACAUAUUUAGACUUAACCUUCACUCAAUUUCGAAGUCGAAUAUUUAAACUUCACCUUCACUCAAUUUCGAAGUCAAAUUUCCAACUUAGACCUUUUCUCGAUUUCGAAAUUCGCUAUUAAAUAUUUCGAUUUUGACCUUUGCUUUGUUUCGAUAUUCGAAGUUAAAUAUUUCGAUUAUGUUCUUUGUUCAAUUUCGAAACUCUAAACCGAAUAUUUAGAUUUUACCUUCACUCAAUUUCGAAAUACGAAGUCAAAAUUUUCGACUCUGAAUUUUGCUUAAUUUCGAAAUUUGAAGAGAAAGAUUUCCACUUUGAUCUCAAUAUCAAAAUUCGAAGUAAAAUAUUUCGACUAUGAACUUUGCUUUGUUUCGAAAUUCGAACUAAAAUAUUUCCACCUCAAUAUCGAAAGUCGAAGUAAAUUUUUCGUCUGUGAAUUUUGCUAAAUUUCGAAAUUCGAAGUGAAAUAUUUCGAUUUGGCUCAAUCUCUCGAAAAUAUCAGUUUGGUCAAAUGCUCAGACAAAAGUCGGCAUUGCCAUAUAGUGUAAUUAAUUCUCAACUCGAAAGUCCUUAUACAUUAAGCAAAGAAGGAAGGAUGUAUAAUAAAUUUUCCACAUUGUUACAAAAAUCCACUUUUAUAUGUAUAAUAUAAAAUUCAUAUCAUAAAAUAACUGAUAAUAUAAAUAUGUAUAACAUUAUUGUAGAAAAGCUGUGUAACCAAAGAGUUUUGAAUGUAAGUAUUCACCACAGCUCGGUCCUUAGCCGCGAUAGUAUUUUGUAUUUACUAUAUGCCAAUUAUUCUAUAUUAUUAUUCUUUGUUUUUCUAAAAAUUGCAUAAUACUUGCCUCAGACUCUUAAGGCAAAGAUUAACUCAUAACUCAGAAAAAUGUUACUUAUAACGGAUUAACUUAAUUACUUAACUUUGUAUAACAAAUGUGAGAGUGCUCAACUAUUAUAAGUGAGCUUAUGACAAUAGGUUAGAGUUAAUAUGGAAGCAUCGAAAUUUGUUGAACGUAAAAAAAUAAAGAUUAUAUAUAUAUAAAUAAUUUUAGCUUGUGUAAAAAGAAGUUGGGUUAAAAAAUAUAAUAUAUGUAUAUAUACAAGUAUAUACAUAUAGAAUAAUACAUAAGUAAAUCAACAUUUCUGUACAGUUGCACCUUAAGCAUACGUCUAAGUAUAUUAUUUAGUUUGUAUGGGUGUAAAGAAAUGUGUAAUAUAUAUAAUUUUAAGCGUCCUGCAAGAAUACUAUAAAUAAAUAAGACUUUUUUUACUUGA